UACAUAAUGACACUGGAAUCAAUCAAGAUACUUUCAGGUAAUGCUCAUCGCGAGUUUGCCUGCCAGAUUGCCAAGACGCUCAAUAUUGAGCUGGGCAAGUGCGAGUGCGUCAAGUUCUCCAACGGAGAGACGUCCGUGCUGAUCCAGGAGUCGAUCCGCUCAAAGGACGUCUACAUCGUGCAGCCAAUGUGCUCGCCCAACAUCAACGACUACAUCAUGGAGUUGAUGGUGCUCGUGGACGCCGUGCGCCGCUCGUCCGCCAACACCAUCACCGCCGUCGUGCCCUACUACGGCUACGGCAAGCAGAACAAGAAAGAGAGAUCUCGCGAGCCCAUCACUGGCAAGCUGAUCGCCAACAUGCUGCAGGUGGCCGGUGUCAACCGCAUCAUCUCUAUGGAUCUCGAGGCCAGCCAAAUCCAGGGCUUCUUCGACAUCCCCGUCGACAACCUAUACGCCGAGCCACUCAUCGUCAAGUACAUCGAGAAGCACAUCAAGGGCGAGCGCGUUGUAAUCUCGCCCUCAGUGGACGGCGUGAAGCGCGCCAAGCUCGUGGCUGACAGACUCAACUGCGAUUUGGCCAUCAUGGACCGCCAAUCUCGCAAUGACGAGCGCGAGGAGGACGUUCUACUGGUUGGUGACGUCUCCAACAAGAUAGCUGUAAUUAUAGGAAAGCGUACUGAUACAUGUGAGACUUUGGCACUUUCAGCAUCUGUGCUGAAGAAGAGAGGUGGCGCACUCAAGGUGUAUGCGCUCGUGUCGCAUGGAAUACUGAGUGGCAACGCUAUACAGACCGUGAACGACUCGGACCUGGAGGAGAUCGUCAUCACCAACUCGAUACCGGUCGGCAACAAGCUGGACAGUUGUAAAAAGAUAAAGAUGAUCAACGUGGCGCCAAUGUUCGCCGAGGCCAUCCGAAGAGUGGUCCAUGGCGAGUCUGUUACCGCGUCCUCGUCCAAGUUUGUCAUCCUAUAG